AAUAAUUAUUGUAUGAUGUUAGCACAGGGUAUACACUAAUGUGGCCUAAUUAUGUAUAUAGUUAAGACUGUUACAAUUCUAUGUUCAUUGUGGACAACACCUUUAGUUUUCGGUACCAAACAAGAGAUAUUUCCGCAGUCAGCCUACAGAACGUGGGAGGAUGCCGAGUCCAGUUGUAGGAAGGACGGGUUGGGACUCCUUGUAAAUGUAGACAAACUGACGUCAUCAUCAUUAACGGAACUGGAGGACAGUAUCACAGACCCUGACCCCUACUGGACAGGUGCCUACAGACUCAGCAUGUUUUAUUGGAACUUUGGAUGCUACACAAUCGACUCUGUAGCAAUGUACUUGAAAAACUUAAACCAAAACGAAACAGCGAAUUCUGUUGUGCACUGCGCAGUUUUCUGUGGAGAGAAGAGAGAUUGGAUUGGACUUAUGAAAGGCUUCUGCUACUGCCUAGAUAUUGUUUCCCAAGUCUCUUUAGAAGUUUCACAAUGUACCAUCCCAUGCCCAGGACACAAACGAGACGCAUGUGGUGAUGAACAAGCUAUGUCGGUCUAUAAACUGCUAAACGAAACAGAGAUAGCAGAUGACAUAGCUAAGGAGCAACUGAAGGACAACCAAUUAUGCACUUACCUAGAAAUCAACGCUGGCAGAAUAGCAUGGAAGGUGGACGACUGCUCGCAGCAGAAGAUGGUCCUCUGUCAAAACAGGACUGACACUGGGACAGAAUUCAGAAAUCCACACUAUACUCGAAAAGACUGGGACACAGCUCACCAGGACUGCCGGGAUAAAAAACUGGAGAUGGCGGUGAUCACCCGUAAUGAUACAAAUAAGCCUCCAUUUAACAGGUUGUCUCCAAGUACAAAAAUAGAUGUGUGGAUUGCCCUGUAUAGACACGUUUUAGAUCGCUGGACAGACAUAGAUAUGAAGGACAAUCCCCAAAACUGCCUGGCCAUUGAAAAAAAUAAUUUUGGAGUUCUUGACAGAACCUGGCAGCCAUGCUCCACCCAAAAUAAAUAUGUCUGUCUCAGUGAAGGUGCAUCGCCAACAGUUGAAUCUGCAGUUAUAGGAACGCCCUCUCCAACCACAGUGUCGACAGGACGAACGAAACAAACAACUCCAACAAUCCCAAAAUCAACAAUUCUAACAGAAAAAACAGCGAAACAAACAAUCAUUUCAACAACAGAGCAAACCCCAACAGCAGAAGGUACAACAACACAAUUGAUCCCAUCGACUAAAUUUAAAAUACAACGUACAACAAUGCCAAUAACUCCACAAAUAAUUCUAACAAUAAAACGUAACCGAACACAACAAGCAACAAUUCCAACAACACAACAAACAAUCCCAGCAGCAAAAGAAACAACACAAAUAAUUCAAACAACAAAAGUUACAACACAACAAACAACUUUUCCAACGACAGUAGAAACAACACCACAAACAAUUCCAACGACAAAAGGCACAACACAGCAAACAUCUACUCCAACAACUUUUCCACCGAUAGAAGUAACAACAUCACAAACAACCCCAACAAUCAAACGCACAACACAACAAACAACAGCAAAAACAAAUAUUCCAACGACAGAAGUAACAACACCACAAACCAUUCCAACAACAAAAAUAACAACACAAGAAACAAAACUUCCAACAACAGAACAAACAACAAUUCCAUCUACAGAAGUUACAUCCAAAUUAUUUCCAACAACAGAUGAACCAACACAAUACACAACAACACCAGCAGCAGCAGAGCAAACAACAUUUCCAACAACAGAGUUAACAACAACACAAACAACAUUGUCAACAACACAAGAAUCAACAAUUCCAAUAAAAGAACUUGAAACUACUUUUACGGGGGAAAAACAAACGUUUCCCACAGCAGUAAAACUAACAAAGGUGAUAUCGACAGAACAAACAACAAGUGUAUCAACUUCUGUUCCAACAACAAAGCAAAUUAAUUUUCCAUCGACAGGGCAACAAACGUCUAUUCCAACAACACAAAUGAACACUAAAAUGUCAACAACUCAGUACACAACCCUUUUUUCUUUAGAAUUAAAUACCGUGUUAGAGACAGAACAAACUUUUUCGAUGGCAACAAAAAGAAUACCUACGGAAUUAGCAAGAGGAUCAACUGAAUUAACAAAGGCUGCUGGGAGUCCUUCAACAGAAAUCUUUCAUACAACGGAAUUAUUGUCAAAAGCUACAGACAGUGUUACAACUAUGACCAAAGUUACACAAAGAAAGACCACAGAGGAAGAUACCACGAAAAGAAAAUUAACAGUGUCACACAAACAUACAACAUCGUCAGGGAACGCCUCUGAUACACUAGAGCCAAAUCCUGAGAGGUCAAGUGAACAGGUCAGCAAAAUACCUACAACAGAACUGAUCGUGGUGAUCGUCAUCUUCGUUGCUGUGCUCUUACUUGCUGUUUUUGUUUUCCUUCAGUGGUUCAUUAGAAAAAGAAGGAAAUCUGUGACCUUAAACAGAAGAACAAGCACAGAAAUAACCUUCAAAGGUGAAGAAGAAAUGCUGAUUAGAUCUUACAGUGGGAAGUCAGCAAACCUAUCCCCGAAACCAUUACCUAGAAUUGACAUUGAUAAAGGUUCUCUCCAGGCUCUUUCUAAUAUUCCAGAUUCACACAAAAAUCUAAACCAAAGUAAGGAGACAUUGGAUAUUCCUUGGAUAGAUGCCUCAAGAAAUACUCUUGAUGAUAUAAGUUUUUCUCUGGACACAGAGCCUCGUUCUGAAAAUAUUGGCGCCAAAUCUCAGUCUGCGCCUGAAUUAGAUCGAAUAGGUGACGACUCUGAGGACGACGAUGAUUCCACCUUCAUGAAGACGUUUUCGCAAAAGCAUCAACCAAUUGAAUCUGAAAUAUAAAAGAAGGAGUUUGUGAAGGUUUUGUGCUGUGAAACAUUAUCUUUUUUGAGUUGCGUUAAUUUAAAAAAUCAUGACGGUACAUGUAUCAUUAGUAAGUAAGAUUGGAGCAAAUGAUUUUAUUUAUCGACUUGACAAUUUUUUUUUUACUUU